AACUGUGGAAAGCUGCAGGCAAUAUAAAAGCGCUUUUAUGUGAAUUGGAACAGGAUAUGAACUUCAAAGUAAUGAAUAUUUAAUUAUGGCAAACCAAAACCAAGAGAAGCCACCUAAAAAGUAUGACAUUGCGAGUUUUGUGGGUGAAGAAAUAGCUGAACGAAAAUGUCCAAGUGGAUACACAGCAAGAUACAUUAAGUUGUUUGGACACUGGAGACCGCUGGAGUUCAUUGAAACUGGAUUCGCACCUGACCCAAGGACACAUGUACACGAACUCCGUAAAAUGGAAGUAUUUGAUGAUGAUGUUUUUAUCUACGCCUUUGCUAAGAGUGGUACUCACUGGAUUUGGGAAAUGAUACACAUGUUACACAAAGGAAAAGCUGAAUACGACAAACGACCCAAAGAAGUGUCUAUGCUAGAAUUUCACUCGAUUGACAAAUUAUGCGAGGAAGAAAGACCAAGAGUUUUUAAUACCCAUUUAUUUCCCAACGAGGUACCUACUGCGUCACUGGAGGGAAAAGGGAAGGCUCUACUCUUACUCCGAAAUCCUAAAGAUAUAGCGGUGUCUUAUUAUAACCAUGUCAAAGACCUGAAAAUCCAGUCGUCCGUCAUGACAUGGGAGGACUACGUACAUUUAUUAAAUAAUUAUGGAGGUAGAUUCGAUUUUUUUGAAUACGUCAAAGAAUGGGAAAAAGAAAUUAAGAAGAAAAAGAGGACAUAUUUGUGUCUACUCUACGAGGAUAUAAAGAAGAAUCCACUUGGGACACUAAAGUCUGUAGCUGACUAUCUAGGCAUUCCUUGUUCAGAUACUUUAGCAGAGGAAAUAGUUCAGAAAUGUAAGAUAGAAAACCUGAGAGUCGCCAACAGAGAGAAAUUUGACCACAGGAAUCAAAGUGGUCCUAACCCGGAAAUGAAUGACCCGGAUAAAAUGUACAGAAAAGGAGAAAUUGGAGAUUGGAAGAAUUGGUUCACUGUGGCUCAAAGCGAAGAGUUUGAUAGAGUUUUUAAAACAAGAAUGGCUGAUUCAGAAUUUAAAUUUUCCUUUGAAUAAUUCAAUUAUAUUAAAAUUCUUAGCAUUAAAGAACAAAUGAAUAUAAAAACAUUGAAAAAAGAAAGAAACAAUAAAAGAAAAGAAAAAUCUGCUUUACU